AGUGAUUGGCAGCGGUGCUGGGAGAGUGAUUGGCAGCGGUGCUGCCAGAGUGAUUGGCAGGGGCGCUGCCAGAGUGAUUGGCAGGGGUGCUGCCAGAGUGAUUGGCAGGGGCGCUGCCAGAGUGAUUGGCAGCGGUGCUGCCAGAGUGAUUGGCAGCGGUGCUGCCAGACUACUACCACCACCAUCACCACCACCACCUCCACCACCAUCACCUCCACCACCAUCACCUCCA